AUGGCCAAUCAUAGAAUUUUCUCUGACAGAAUGAGACUUCUUCUAGCAUUGUUUUCAUUACAGUUAUGCUAUUCGGGGUUUCACAUUGUGUCAAGAGUUGCACUAAACAUUGGUGUUAGCAAGAUUGUUUAUCCAGUUUAUAGAAACAUCAUUGCACUGCUUUUGUUGGGUCCUAUUGCUUAUUUCUUAGAGAAAGAAAGGCCCCCUCUUACUCUAGGUCUGCUGGUCCAGUUCUUCCUCCUAGCAUUACUAGGAAUCACGGCAAAUCAAGGAUUUUAUCUCCUGGGACUGUAUUAUGCAUCUCCUACUUUUGCUCCAGCAAUGCAAAACUCAGUUCCUGCAGUUACUUUCAUCAUGGCUUCUGCUUUAGGACUUGAAUGAGUCAAUGUUGCAAGGAGAGAUGGGUUAGCCAAAAUUGUAGGAACCAUUGUAAGCGUAGGGGGUGCUACUGUAAUUACGCUCUACAAAGGCCCUCCUCUUCUGCACUAAACACGAGAUAAUACAAUCGAAGAAAUGUAUUCAGAGAAAGUGCAGAACUGGACAUGGGGUUGUAUAUACUUGUUUGGACACUGCUUGUCAUGGGCCGAUUGGAUCGUCCUUCAGGCUCCAAUUCUGAAGAAGUAUCCAGCUAAACUCACAGUCACUUCUUUUACGUGCUUCUUUGGAUUGGUUCAGUUUUUGGGCAUAGCAGCAUUUGUAGAAACUGAUCUCACUAAUUGGAAAAUCCAAUCAGGAGAAGAGCUUUUCACCAUCUUAUAUGCUGGAAUUGUGGCCUCUAGUAUCAUCUUUUCUCUUCAAACAUGGUGCAUCCACAAAGGGGGUCCUGUGUUUGUUGCCAUUUUCCAGCCCAUGCAGACUCUUUUAGUUGCUAUAAUGGCUUCUCUGAUUCUUGGAGAUCAACUAUACUUUGGACGGAUAAUUGGUGCAAUUCUGAUUAUGCUCGGACUAUAUUCUGUCCUGUGGGGGAAAAGUGAAGAGAAAAGGGUGGAAACUGAUGAGAAGCCAGAAACUUUGACAAGAACUUCUUGA